AUGCGCUUCACAACCCUCGUUGCGGCCCUUGCGGCCUCCUCCGCUACUGCGGAACUGGUCAAGCGCGAUGAGAACAAGCUCUUCACCCUCGAGAUCGCGCCCGGUGAGACCGUGACGGUGACUGAGGAGGAGAAGUGGGAGAUGAUGGACAAACGCAUUCACUUCUUUGACAUCACGGAAUGGUCCGACGUUCCCGCUGUCUCCGGCGGCGACUUCAAGCUCGCCGCGGCGCUUCCCUUCCCCAAGGAGAUGAACCAGACCUGCCAUGUCAACGCCUUGAUCCCGAAGCUGAGCAAGGACAGGAUGCAGGCCCACCUUGAGCGCUUCUCGGCCUUCCACAACAGGUACUACCUCUCUCGCACGGGCGUCGAGUCCGCCGAGUGGUUGUACGGGCAAAUCAGCGCCAUUGUCGACGCCGCGGGACACCCGACGGCCAAUGUCCGCUACGUGAGACAUGUCGCUUGGUCGCAGCCCAGUAUCGUUGUCACGAUUCCUGGCCAGAACCAGCGGACUGUUGUUGUUGGCGCGCAUCUCGACUCGGUCAUUUCCGGAGACCGUGGUGCUGGCCGUGCGCCGGGAGCUGAUACUGACAAAAUCUCCACAGAUGACAACGGCUCCGGCUCCGUGAUGAUCCUCGAGGUCCUUCGCGUCAUCCUCUCCGACCCGCGCGUCGCCUCCGGAGAGCUCCUCAACACCGUCGAGUUCCACUGGUACGGCGCCGAGGAGGCCGGUCUGCUCGGCAGCCAGGACAUCUUCACUCAGUACCGCGCUGCCGGCCGCCAGGUCGUCUCCAUGUUGAACCAGGACAUGGUUGGCUACGUCGGCCGCGACGGCAUCGAGCGAUUUGGCGUCGUCACCGACUGGACCGACCCCGACCAGGUCGCCUACAUGAAGCGCGUCAUCGAUGCUUACACCGACAUCCCCUACGAGGACACCGUCUGCGGCUACGCCUGCUCUGACCACGCCUCCGCCAACCGCAACGGCUACCCCUCGUCCUUCAUCUUCGAGGCGCCCUUUGGCAACCACAACCCGUACAUCCACACUCCCAACGACACCCUCGAGCACGUCUCGUUCGAUCACGCGCUGCAGCACGCCAAGAUGACGACGGGAUACAUCUACGAGCUGGCUUACUGGCCUUUCGCCUGA